AUGAAGCCCAAGGAGGGUCAUGGCUACCUGGAAACUGCGACGCAGUUUGCCUCGGAGUCCUGUGCGGGAAGCUUUGAUGACGUGGACUCUGUGGAUGCGCAUGUUUACCACAUCAAUCCCGAAGAUAACAAGAUGAACAUCGCAUACCCCAUUGAGUUGUUCGGCCGUGACGCCAGUAUUACGUGCUCAUUCUUCAAUCUGGGCAUUGGCAACAAUCAAGGCAUCGAGGAUGUGGAGUACAGGCGAAUCUGUGACUUCUACUUGCCACCCCGCUUCCUGCGGCUGUAUGAUGGACCAGCCACAAACAUUGAAGGGACUUGGCGCAUUCUCGGCCGUCAUGUCGUGAACAAGGCAUAUCCUGACCCCCCAGCAAGGAGCUUGACACCAAAGGUAAGCAUAAAGCGUAAGGCCACAGGCCUUGCACGCUACGCUUUCUGGCAGGGUGGCGAGUUCUUCCAGAACGCUCCUCCUCAACGUGAGGCGUUCCGCCCUGUGACCGAGUGCACUCCUGAGAUCUUGAAGUCGAUGGAAGCAUGCAUCCAGCAGAUGGGC